AUGCAAAAGGCAAUGAAAAGCGCAGAAUAUAUAAAAGCUAAUAAUGACUGGUUAGAUGCCCAAGCCAACGCCAAAGCAGCCCAACUUAUAGGGUCAAUAAGGACAAAAAUACAAGCGGAUGAAGACAGUUCAAAUGAAGCUUUAAUGAAUGCUGACUUUAAGAACGCCUUCGAAGCUCUUCAUAGUAAGGUGAAACUAGUGAACGACUUCUCAUCUGGAAAGAAACUGAAGUCUGAAGGUUUCGACAAAGAGUUAAGAGAAGUAGCACAAAAUAUGACGAAAAUAACAGAUGCAGCAACGAGACAGGCAGUUCAAAGUGCCUAUGACGCCGUUAGAGCAACUGUUGUGGAAAGUCAAGAAAAAGAGUUACAACAGACCAAAACAGACCUAGUAAAUGCUUUCUUAAGAACGAAAAGUCAGGUAGGACAUUAUGCUGCAGAUGGAACAUAUGUGCCAGCUGGUGGAACUUAUAUACCACCAAACCCUCCAAGAGAAGCACCUGCACCAGGACUACCUAAAACAUUUACAUCGUCACAUGGACACAGACACAGGCAUGCACCAAAACCAACACAACAACCAACAGUUCAAAACACUGCACCACAACCAACAGUUCAAAACACUGCACCACAACCAACAGUUCAAAACACUGCACCACAACCAACAGUUCAAAACACUGCACAGCAACAACCACAAACAGAGCAAGGACAUAAAAGAAGUAGAGAACAAGGAAACCAAGAAUUCUUAAAAAUGCUUAAGGAAGACUAUGGUUACCCAGAUACUCUUGACUUUAGUGACAGAUAUAAAGAAGCUAUUAGAAAGUUCAAGGAAGGAAAUACUGACCCGAACCUAUUUAGCUUUAUGGUUCAGCACCAAAUGGGAUAUAAUUUCAAACCUGGAAAAUACAAGCUCGCUAAGGGAUAUGAUUUAAUAGCAUAUCAUCCAAAUGACAUGACUGAAUUUACUCCAAGAUAUUUGGUGUCAGAGCUAAACGAUAAUUCAACUCUCUUCAUGAAACGCGUAAAAAAUAGAGACGGAACGAAAGAAGAAAGGUUUAUGAGUCCGGAUGACUUAGAUAGGGAACUUUUUAAAAACGGUCUCGGAAUAUAUGAAAUGCCAGCAGAUGAGGUACAAGAAACUCCACAGGAAGAAGUUCAGAUACAACCAGACAUGGAAGAAAUAGUUCAGCAACAACAGCUAGAAGAGCCUGAAGAAAACGAACAAGUCCCUCCUUUGGAAACUAACUUCACAGAACUAGAUGAAGAUUUGGAACAGCCGAAAAAUCUUGAUCCUCAACAAGUGUAUGCGGGGAAUAUGGAAUCUUUCCAAGAGUCUAAGAAAAAUUCGGCUGACAUAGUAGAAGAAUAUCGAAAAAUGUUCGCCGACAUACAAAAGACUCCAACAUCAGAUGAAAAUAUCCAGCAUAGAAUGGAAGUACUGAAAGAUAAUGUACACAAAUACAACAAUCCUUUUUACUUACGAGCAUAUAACGUUCAAUCUUUGGA